AUGUGUAUUGAGGGUAGUGAAUAUGAUUCGGUUGUGUUAACAGUUGUUGAAACGGAUAAUCAGUAUGCUCUAUAUGUUUCCGAAAUUAAAGUGAAAAACUUCAUUACUGAUUGCAAGAAUAUUGAAAUAAUGGUAAAUCAGAUUUACAAGGAUAAGGAAACUCUUGUUUCAGUAAUGGCAAGACAUGCAAUAGUUAAUGGCUUCAACACUAAAGCGAAACGAUCCAACAAAAAAAAGGUUAAGCCAACAGGUAGUUAUCUUUAUUGUGUAUAUCAUUCGAAAUGGAGGUACACUGUCGAUAUUGAGCGUGGUACGUCCAAUUGUGGUCGGCCAAACACCAUAGUGAAGACAUAUGAACUCCCAAUAGUUCCAAUGCCAGACAAGAAGGAUUGGAAUGUUUCAUUUUUUGUUGAUGAUGAAGUUUUUCCGCCCAAAUAUAGAAGACCGCCUGGUAGGCCAAAAAAAAGAAGGCAUUUGAAAUCAAGUGAAUCACUGUCUUCAAGUUCAAAGCGCUGCGGUAAAUGCGGAGAGCCGGUCACAACCGAAGGACUUGCAGUUUCUUUCCAAAGGACUCUUGAUGGAGAUAAUGUGUUUUUUCUAUAUGCUGAUGCUUUGAAUGGUUUUAUUUGUAUAAACAUUUUUAUUAGAUUUUGUUGGAAUGUUGGAACAACUAAUAUCUAG